AUGAGCCGCCUCAGCGGCGGUUGGGACGGCGCCGGCGAGGAAGUCCAGCUCCUCCUGGACCUAUGCCUUCAGUGUUUGACAAAGAACCUUUCCAGAUAUGCUGCAGAUAUUAAGUCGUUGCCACCCAACAUAAAGGAUAAACUGAUCAAAUUAAUGAGUAGGCAAGGGCAAAUAACUGAUUCAAAUAUCAGUGAGGUAUUGCACCCUGCUGUAGAGUCUCUAGACCUCCGAGACUGUGAUAUUUCAGAUAAUGCAUUAUUGCAGCUUUAUAACUGCAAGCAACUGAAAAAAAUCAACUUAAAUUCUUGCAAAGAAAACAGAUUGGGAAUCACUUCAGAAGGUGUCAUAGCGCUGGCCUUAUCCUGUCCUUACUUGCGUGAAGCGUCUUUUAAAAGGUGCUGUGAUAUAACUGACAGUGGAGUUCUUGCUCUUGCGCUCAACUGCCAGUUCCUACAAAUAGUGAACUUGGGUAGCUGUUCAGGCAUCAUGGAUGCAUCUCUGCAGGCACUAGGAGAAAACUGCAAAUUUCUUCACAGUGUGGACUUUUCAUCUACUCAGGUGACAGAUGAUGGUGUUGUAGCACUAGUGAGUGGAACAUGUUCAAAGAAUUUAAAGGAGAUCCACAUGGAACGCUGUGUGAAUCUGACUGAUGUUGCUGUGGAAGCGGUCCUUACUUGUUGUCCGAAGAUACACAUUUUUCUGUUCCAUGGAUGCCCAUUGAUAACAGAUCGUUCCCGAGAUGUUUUAGAGCAGCUAGUCAUAUCAAACAAAAUCAAGCAAGUAACAUGGACUGUUUACUGAUUAUCUAUCGUGUACGUAUGAGUGUCAAGUUUACAGAUGGGAGAGCUCUUUCAGAAAACAAGCACCUUGGAGAAAUAGCUGGUGACUUUUGUACCACCGGAUUGCUUCCCUCCUUGUUCCCACCAGAGGUCUCCGUCGCCAUUCCAGUCCUUGCCUGUGAGUCUGGGCUUCCCCAUUGUCUCUAGUUAGAGCCCUGUCUGUCUCUGCAUCACUGAUCAUACUUCAUUAAGAGGAAAGUUAAACUAUAAUUAAUAUUACACUGUCAUCGCUCAGCCUCCUUGAAGUAUCAGAUUUGGUUACUACUUAGCAUCUUUUAGCAUCUGAGCUACGUAGACAAACCCAAUUUAAGUAAGUCUGUGUUCUGAGUUUGUAGUCUGAGAGGGUGGUUGCAAGUAAAAGUACCAAGCCCAAACAUAGUAUUAACACUUAUGCAGAAGUGUCUGUAAAGUUGGGACUUUAAUCUGACAAAAGUCAACAGACAGAACUGGUGAAUGGAGGUGGCAUUAACAGCAAUGCAAAUGUAUUUUAAGUAGUAACAAUCAAUCUCCUGUCACCAUGUACUUUUGCUAGGUAUGGAAGAAAAACUGUAGGUACCUUUCUUUGGAUGUUACUGAUGCCGCAGGUUUCUGGUUUUAUUUACCAUCAAAUACUUGCUGGAUUUUUACACAUCCAAAAGUACAGUCUGUGAACAUGUAAACAUAAACUUGCUUUGAAAUUGUUGUGGUGACUUAACAAAUUUCAGAGUAGUAGCUAUGAUCAAUAAAAUAAUCUUGUAUAUGGGCAAAUACUUAUUUGCUCUGGCUUUGUUCCUGCAUGAAAAUCCUUUUAGGGAACAAAACAUUGGUCCUUAUAAGCAUAGCUGUGAGUGAAAUAGGACCAAAUUUAGUGUCUGAGUACAUGAAUCUCAGGAUGGUAGAGUUCAGUAGAGUAUGUGUUCUGCUGUAUGUGGUUUAUUAUAUCUCCAGUGGCCCCCAGAAGCUGAAAAUAACAACCAUUUAUAUAUUGUUCAAUUGUAGUCAUAUUAAAGAAAAAAAAAUUUAGAAGUGUAGAAUGAGUUUAUUACAUGAUGGAGCUGUGGUCUCAUCAUAAUUAUAAGUCAUGUUCACUGGUGUUCUUGAAACAGCAUAAUGUCUAGUGAGACUUCUAUGACUUCUACAUUAAACUUUUUUAAAUGCUAGCAAUUUUAGCAUUAUACAGGGCAGGUAGCACACUGUUGAUACUCUGCAUCUGGAAGUAGCAGGGUUUAACUAGGGUGGUCUUACAUGGAUCUGAUGACACUUAGAAACCCAUGAAUUUAGGCCACCAUAAGGAAUAUGUUUACUUUAUAAUUUAACACUUGUCAUAGCCACACUCAUUUUAACUGUGGCAGAAAUAAACCAGUCUUCUACUAAUCUAUUUAAAGUUCAGGCCAAAUUGCAUGGAAGAUAAUAAUAUGUGUUGCAUCCAGUAAUAUUAAAGGAUAUUAUGAUGUCUGACAAUAAUCUCUGUUCUUCUGUUGGUUAUAUGGUUUAUGGAAGAGCAAGUGCAUUUAGAAAACUUGUUCAAGUGUAACUGAAAGCAUAAUUUUCAAACUCCAGUGCCUAAAUCUCUAACUCUUGUUGCAUGCAGUACCAUGGCUCAGCCCAGUGAUGAAUGUGUUCCUAUGAUACCUAUAGGAAUAGCUGCACCAGUACAAACCAUUCCUGCAAACAGGAGAAGUUGGUUUUGCUACAUUAGCAACUAGCAUCCGAAGUUUGUAAUUGCAGCAAAUCCUCGGACCAGAUAGAGGCCUAAGAACCUAAUCUACCACGUUUUAUUCCCUUUUUUGGCUAUAGAGUAGUUUAUUGUUUUGCCCUGUGGGGCAAAUCAGGGCCCAUCAUUCCUUUGAACUCUUGGACAUGAGCUGGCAAUAAAUUUGUUUUGCACUAUUUUUCAUAUUGAUCCAUCUAGCUGAUUAGGCAGCGGCAAUGACACGCUCAGUAAUUGUGUCAAAUAAGUAAAGCAUAAGGAUCAGGCUGCCAGCCCUGGUUUCAGGAAGGGUGCCACAAAAAGAGUAAGUAGAAUUGUAAGGUAACUCAAGUGGGAAGGGGCCUCAGGAGGUUUCUAGUCUAACUUCCUGCCCAAAGCAGGGCCAGCUCAGAGCUCAGACCAGCUUAGUCAGGGCUUUAUCCAGCCAAGUCUUGAAAAACUGAAGAUGACAGAGCCUUCGCAACCUUUUGAGGCAACUUGUUCCACUGCUUGGCUGUAUUAAUGGUGGAAAAAUUUUUCCUUCUAUCCUGUUUGACCCUAUUCUGUUUCAACUUAUACCCUUUCUCGCUAGAAGAGCCUGGCUGUCAUCCUGACAACCGCCUCAUAGGUAUGGGCAGGCUGCUUAUAGGUCCCUUGAAGCCUUCUCUUUUCCAAGCUGAACAAGCCCAGUUCCCUCAGUCUGUUAUUGUAAGAAAGACAUGUAACUCUAACAUAGUGCGGUGAUGGUCGCCAGACUCUCAUCUCAAGUGCUACAUCCAGAAAGAAAAUUAUAAAUGAAGAUAAUGUAAAGCAGGUAAAGGUGGAAGACCACCAAAAUCUAUAACAGUAAAGGACACCUAAAAAAAGUCUAUCUAUGGGACAGUGCUACUGCUAACCUCACUGGCAAAGUUGUCCUUUUUCCCCUUGCUAAUGUAACCUUGGAUUUGUCACGUUGAAGGCAAAUGCAGCUUACAUUGUAUCCUUAAAUGUGCAUGUAGAUUUACCAUCUUCUCCUAUAGCCUCUUCUAAAUGUGUAACUUAGUGGUAUAUCCUCACCUUGUGCUUAAAAAUCUGUACAACACUGCAAUGAAUUAACACUGUAUUUUUAGGUUUGAAAGUUUAAUGUAAGUCAUGUUAAAUCCUUCACUGUCAGAGAUUGAGUCUGCUCUCUUAUGUGUUUAUUGCUAGCAUAACUCUACUGGAGUAUUUUUUGAUUUGGGUUAAACGACAGUCAUUUUCAACAAAUGUUUACAAGCACUGGGUGAAGUGGGAGAAGAACAUCAUGUAUGCACUUAUCACUUCAUAUUCUGUAUUGUUUGGAUAUUGUUAUUGUUGUAAAUUGUUGGGUGAGCACUGCAGAAUAUUCCCAUAUUGUUCUGAAGAUUAAAGUUUGUAAGUGUUCCGUUUG